AUCUGAUGUAUAACUUUGUACAUAAAAAAGGGCAUCUUCUUACUUUGUUAGGUUUUCUGAAGACUGCCCAAAACACGGACGCUGCAGCCAUCCACCAUGGGAGUCUUCACCUUCGUGUGCCGCCACUCUGAUGGCCAAUGGAUUGCCAAGCAGCUCUCCGACGGCGACCUCGAGGCCUCCGCUUCAUCCACCUUCGAGCUACAGAGGAAGCUCGUCCAGACCUCUCUCUCCGCUGACUCCUCCGGCGGUGUCCAGUCCUCUUUCUCUUUCAUCACCCCCUCCUCGGCCGUUUUUCAGGUGAUCAUUGGUGGUGGUGGUGGUGGAGGAGCUUUCUUUGGUGGAGGUGGUGGUGCUGCUGCAGCGGCUCCAGCAGGAGGUGCAGCAGCCACAGCUGAUGCAGCUGCAGCUGAGGAAAAGAAGGAAGAGCCAGCAGAGGAAAGUGAUGAUGACAUGGGAUUCUCUCUAUUUGAUUAGAAAAUAUUUCUAGUGAAUUGGAUUUAUAUGACGUUAACCAUUUUUAAGUAGAGAAACUUUUUGUAUUAAUUGAAAAAUAUAUAUAUUUUUGAAGAUUUUCAAUGCUUUA